AUGAGUCUCACAGAUGCCCUCUUGAAUGAUUUGUCUGAUACUUCUGAUUUAGAGCUGGAGGGAUUAGAUGAUCAAGAGUCGAGUAACUUUGAGAGCAAUUCUUUGUCGGCUCAACCACAUACUGUUCGUUACACAAUAAACGACCUUCUCACAUUAUCAGACUUGGGUACGGUGCAGUCGAUUAAAGAAAUGUGUCCAUUGCUAAACAAGGCGAUACUACUUGAUAAAAGAUUGGAUGAACUUCACGAAGAUGUUGGUGAAAACAAUAGAUUAUCAGCUAACGAGCAGGAUCUUUUAUCGCAAGCUAACGGCAUGAUUUCUAAAAUAUUUUCCAACUUCAGCGUUCUUAAUGCCUUUGUUAAGGGGAAAUAUGAAUCUGUUUGGCCUGAUUUAUACAGCAUUGUUAAGAAUCCAUUAGCGUAUAUAAGACUGAUCAUGGGUGUCAAAUUCGAUAUCAAAAGUUUCAAGGAAAAAGUCACAAGUGGAGAUUUAGAUUUCCUUACUAAGGAUCAGAUAAUGUCAUUAACAAUGUCCAACAACUUUCUCAUCAGAAUGGGACAAAGCAAAAUUCCGGAUACACAUAUCCAACGUCUGAUUUUGGAGGCGUGCGAUAUACAAUUACAGAUUAAUCAGAUACAACAGAAGUUUCGUUCAUUUGUUACAGAUCGUGCUCAGAAAAUUUCUCCCAAUCUUGCUGCUUUAGUUGGAUCAACAGUGGCUGCGCAAUUACUUUCUGUAACGAGUCUUGAAACAUUAUCUUGCACUCCAGCGUGUAAUUUAUCGUCUUUAGGUAAGUCGUCCAUCAGUUCGGAAGGAUUCAUCUAUAACUCAGAUAUCGUGAAGAGUGUCCCAGAAGAUUUUAGGAAACAAGCCUUAAGACAAGUUUGUGCUAAGGUGGUACUGGCUUCAAGAAUAGAUUUGAAUGCGUCCCGAACAAAUACUUUGGAUGAUUCCAUAGGCACCAGAUGGAAACAAGAAAUACAAGAGAGACUUGAGAAAAUGAUGCUUCCUCCGGAGAAUGUAAGGGUCAAGCCUUUACCAGUUCCGAUUAAUCAGAAAUCGAAAAAAAGGGGUGGUAGAAAGUUCAGGAAAAUGCGUGAACGCAUGAAAAUGUCAGAAGUAGAAAAGGCGCAGAAUAAAAUUGCAUUUGGUCAACAGGAAGUUACUAGGACUGAUGCCUUUGGUGAGGAGAUUGGAUUAGGUAUGUUAGGCAAGGAAUCUGUAAGAGAUAUAGGGAUUGUUCGUGGGGUCCAGUUAUCUAAGGGAACCCGAGAAAAGCUAACUGCUUUUGCCAAGGGAGAGGAACAACCAAGUGGAAACGAUAGCAGGCUUGCUAAGUUAUUGUAA